AUGACGAACGGUCAAACCAUUCGCAAUGCCAGCCAUGCGGGCUCGUGGUACUCGGAUUCCAAGACACAGCUCAACUCGCAGCUCGACGGCUGGCUCAGUGCCGUCGAUCUGCCAGUAUCAUGCAUUGGUCCAAAGUCAGACCGCGAACAGCAUCCAAACAUGCCUGUUCCUGGCGCUCGGAUGAUCAUCGCGCCACACGCUGGCUACUCGUAUUCAGGUCCGGCUGCUGCUUGGGCGUACAAGGCUUGGGACGUGUCCAAUGCCAAGAAAGUAUUUCUGCUGGGCCCAUCGCAUCAUCACUAUCUCACCAAAGCUGCAUUGUCGCGAUGCACGCAUUACGCAACUCCCAUUGGGGACCUCGCUGUAGACCGAGAGACCACAACCGAGCUCCAUACGACCGGGAGUUUUGAGUGGAUGUCACAGUCUGUUGAUGAAGAAGAACACAGUCUGGAGAUGCAUCUACCAUACAUCUUCAAAACACUGUCAAAAUCGUUCGGCGAUGACCCGAUGCAAUUCCCUCCUCUGGUGCCCAUCAUGAUUGGCAACACAUCAUCCUCUACCGAGAAAAAUCUGGGUCGCUUACUGGCACCGUACCUGGCAGAUCCGACCAAUGUUUUUGUGAUUUCUUCCGACUUUGCUCACUGGGGACUCCGUUUUCGUUACACAUACUAUCGCCCAGCCAGUGGCCCUGCCAUCAGCAUGAAAGCUUCAGACAGGGCUCCCAAGGACCGUGCCAUCCACGAAUCAAUCAAGGAUGUUGACUUUGAGUGCAUGGGCGCAUGCGAGAGUGGCAGUCACGAUGCCUGGCUUGAUGUACUGGAAGAAACUGGCAACACGGUCUGCGGAAGACAUCCCAUCGGCGUAAUGAUGGCAGCUGUGGAGGAAUUGAGGAAGCAAGGAAAGCAGGAACUUGGUGCGUUCAAGUUUGUGCGAUACGAGCGCAGCAGCGAUGUGACGAGGGUUGCCGACAGCAGCGUGAGCUAUGCAAGCGCAUUUGCUGUCGUCUAA